AUGCAUUGCAUUAGGAGCUCAAUCCUGCAACAUUUGAGACUAAGAGUGCCGGUCAGACCGGUUUUUCUUCUAGAGAGGGAGAAUGUUUACAUUAGUAAAAUGAAUUUUACAACAGGACAUGAUGGAGGCCAAGAUCAAGUUUUGAGUAAGGUUAUUGGACUGGUCAAGAAUGAAGAAACGGCUGACUUUAAGAAAGAUUUGUUGCUUCACAGUUUAGAUAGGGUGGAGAUAGUGAUGGCUAUUGAAGAAGAGUUCUCUGUCGAGAUCCCUAAUGAAAAAGCAGGUAACCUUACUUGUUGUACUGAUAUUGCAAGCUUUCAUAGUCUCUGA